AUGGGAUCGAAGAAAACAAAUGCAAAAGGACGGCAAUUACAAGAACUUUUAAAUGAAGGUUUCUUAAAUUGUAUAGAAGAUGAUAGUCCAACUUAUGAAAGAAAUAAUUAUGAAGAAAAAAUAGAUUGGAUACUAGCCAAUCAACCGCUGAUUUCAUAUAUUACAAAUGUCGAAACUCAUCCUCCAUUUGGUUCAUUAAGUGGACAUAAGCCAUUAACUUUUGAAAUUACAUUAGGAGCUGAACCAAAACCAACUUCACCUAGAAUAUCCUACAAUUUUCAAGAAGUGAAGUGGGCAAAGUUUAGACAGAAAGUAGAUGAACAUCUAAUGCUAUGGAACAACACUCGUCUACUUAAUACAACAGCAGAUAUAGAAGAAUACAAGUCGUUCAUCACUGAUAGUAUUACGUUAGCAACACAACAGACUAUACCAACAUCUAAACAAAUUAAUUCAAGAUAUGCACCAAGUGAAGCAACAAAACGAUUAAUUAAAUUCAAACAUCAAGCUUAUCGCAGAUGGAAAAAGAAUGGAGAUGAUUAUGAAAAGAAACAAUAUUAUAUCUCCAAGGUGCUUUUAUCAAAUUCACUUAGAAAUGAUAGAAAAAAUAAUUUCAACAAGUUAAUGUCGUCUUUAUGUCAAAAGAAAAUGUAUUCAGCAUCAGUUUGGUUUACGGUCCGUAAAUUUUACAAUAAAAGAGUCAAACAAACGUAUCCGAAGAUGAUGAAAUAUAUAAAUACUACAGCAACAACAGAUUAUGAAAAAGCAAACCUAUUUGCUGAUUAUUUUCAAAAUGAAGUGUAUUUCAAACCACCCGAUACACUACCUUUCCAUGAACAAGUAACAAGACAAACAUACAACAUCAAAGAUAAAAUUAAAAACACAUCUAGUACAAAUUACUGGAAAGAAAUCACAAUCAAAGAAGUAAAGUGGAACAUUAAACA